AUGCAACAUGGUGUUGAGAAUACCCACCCGGAAAAGGUCAUCUAUGAGGAAGCAAUCACUGGAAAGACGGCUACCUAUGGACUCUUUCAUCGCCAAAUUCGCCAGACAGCCUUUACCUUACGCCAAACCUUGGCCUUAAGGCCGGGGGAUAUAGUUUCCAUUUCUGCAUCCAGCUGCAUCGAUUACAUUCUGACGGCUCAUGCUGUUUGGUGGGCUGGGGGUAUUGUGAGCCCAAUCAACAACACUUUACAUGUCGAUGAAAUUAACCAUGCGCUUGAUCUCAUCAAACCAAGAAUCUUCAUCGUCGAUGAAACUCUGUACGGGAAAAUCCCAGCUAUAAAAGAGGGCUCACACCAUGCGCGCCAACCGAAUAAGAUGGAAAUUUUCACCAUUGGAAGCAAGGUUAGUACAGGCUGGCUACGACUUCCGCUUGUCAAUUUGCCCCCAGGUGAAAAAGGACUCGAGCUACACAACCCUAUCCGUGCAAACAAUUUCGAUGCAAGAAAGACUUGCGCCGCGAUCUUACUUUCGAGUGGUACAACAGGCGCAUCAAAGGCAGUAAUGCUAUCGCAUCAUAAUCUUGUUGCCACCUGCUUCCAGUUAAGGAGUGACAAUCCUCGAAAUUGGCGUGGAUCGCAACGAGAGAUUUUCUUCCCGCCACUGUCUCAUGUUUAUGCGCUUUACGUCUGUUUUACCAUAAAUCUUUGGCUGGGAUCAUACGUUUGCUUGAUGCCUCGUUUUGAUCUUGAGCUUUACUGUCGCCUCAUGCAGGAUCGCUCGGCCACGCUGGCCAGAAUUGUCCCUGCCGUUGCCAAGAUGCUUGCCGAGAGCCCAGUUGUUUGUAAAUAUAAAUAUCCGAAGUUGGAGUAUUUCAGUUGCUCUGCUGCCCCAUUACAUGAAGAAACGGCAGCGAAGCUUCGCAAAGCAUUUCCCGGUGCCGCGCUGUGUCAAACUUAUGGAUGUACCGAGCUAUCUGGUCCAUGCGUUCAGAGUGGCGUGCGGGACAGGAAAAUGCCACUGUCUGCUUCAGGAACAGUGAUCGCAAAUUGCGAGAUUCGAUUUGUAGACCUCGACGGCAAAGAUGUUGGAGCCCGAGGGCCAGGGGAGAUUGUUUGUAGGGCACCAAACGCAAUGAUGGGGUACAAGGACAACCCACAGGAGACGGCAAAAACAAUCUCAGAAGAUGGGUGGCUCCAUACAGGCGAUCUAGGUUACCUUGACGAGAAGGGUUAUUUUCACAUCUACGACCGUCUCAAAGAAAUGAUCAAAUACAAAGGAUUCCAAGUUGCGCCCUCAGAGCUCGAGAACAUCAUUAUUCAGCAUCCUUUGGUCCACGAGGUGGCGGUGGUUGGAAUUUGGAGUCCCAAGGAGGAAACUGAAAUUCCACGCGCUUUUGUGAGUCUGAAAGAGGAUCACGGACGGGAUGCCGUAAGUGUUGCAAAAGAAAUCGCAGAUUUAGUUGCGAGUAAGGUUUCAAACUACAAGAAAUUGAGAGGAGGAGUCUUGAUAAUUGAUGCACUGCCGAGAAAUCACACGGGCAAACUACUGAAGAAGAAAUUGAAGGAUUAUGAAGCGAUAUCACAAUGCGGCCAGAAUCAAUUGGCCUCGAAGCUGUGA